GCUGCACAGGCUGCGGGGGUGAAGUUGAUGGCGGGUGUGUGGGCUACGGAUGCUACGCAUUUUGAUACGGAGAAACAGGCGUUGCUUGGGGCUUUGCAGCAGUAUGGGAGUGAUUGGUUGGUUGGAGUUUCUGUUGGUUCCGAAGAUUUGUAUCGUGGUGAUGUCUCUGCUUCUCAACUCGCUCAUCAAAUCUAUGACGUUCGCGGGAUGGUUCAAGGACCCGGUGGGGCAUCCUCCACCCCUGUCGGCCACACAGAUACCUGGACCGCCUGGGUCGACGGAUCCAACGCUGAAGUGGUAACUGCGUCGGACUUCCUCCUCGUGGACGGCUACCCCUACUGGCAAGGCUCCGAUAUCUCCUCCGCCCGUGACACAUUCUUCCAGUCCUACGACGCGACAGUUAACGCUGCACAGGGUAAGCCUGUCAUGAUCGGCGAAACGGGAUGGCCGACGGGUGGGGAUAAUCACGAGAGUGCGGUGGCUGGGGUCAGUGAGCUCCAGAGUUACUGGAAGAGUGUGGGGUGUGAGUUGAAGAGUAGGGGGAUUGAUUAUUAUUGGUUUUCGGAUGUGGAUUGUUCGUAUUGCGCUGCGGGGGUUGAGCAGAACUUUGGUGUUGCGUACAACCUUGGGAGUCUGAAGAUUGAUUUGUCUUGUUAAUGACAAUUGCA